UCUUCUGUCGCUUGUUCUACCGUCUUACACAGCGGCAGAGUCUCUACGGAGACCGUAGGACGCCUCGCACCUCCAUCUACAGGGGGCACCGACCAUCGUCUGUGUCUGUCAUGGAGGAGCCGAAGAAGAGAGGGAGAGCCGGGAAGGUCAAGGUCGCGGACGAGGAACCCACGACGAAGAAAGCAAAGAAACCCGACGAGAACGCAGCCGCUAACGGCGCCAAGACUGCUCCAGCAGGGGGCGCCACCGACGACUUCUCAUCGGAGGCGACGUGCGAGGACGGGCGACGCUGGAACUUCAAGGUCGCCUCGUGGAACGUCAAUGGUCUGCGUGCGUGGAUCGAGAAAGGAGGGCUUGACUACCUACGUAAGGAGAAUCCCGAUGUCUUCUUCCUCCAGGAGACAAAAUGUAGCAAGGACAAGCUCCCGGCGGGCGGCGAACGAUGUGGAAGGUUACACGGCGCACUGGCUGGAGGGAGACAAGGCCGGCUACUCAGGUGUAGGGAUGUACACGAAGACUGCACUCUCUCCAUCAAACACGGCAUAGGAAUGUCGGAGCAUGAUAAGGAGGGGAGAGCGAUCACCGCAGAAUACGAUAAAUUCUUCGUCGUCGGCGUCUACGUUCCCAACUCACAGAAGAAGCUGGCUCGUCUCGACUACAGACAGAAGUGGGACAAGGACUUCAGAGAUUACCUCAAGAAGCUGGAAAACAGCAAACCGGUGAUCCUGUGUGGUGACCUCAACGUCUGCCACGAGGAGAUAGACCUGGCGCGUCCUGCGAAUAAUCACCGUAACGCUGGGUUCUCGGACGAGGAGCGCGAGGGGUUCACACAGCUGCUAAACGCCGGCUUCAUCGACACUUACCGCAGCCUGCACCCCGCGCAGGCCGGCGCCUACACGUUCUGGACCUACAUGAUGAACGCACGCAGCAAGGACAUCGGAUGGAGGCUAGAUUACUUCGUCAUCUCGGAGUCUCUUCUUCCGGAUCUCUGUGAUAGCGUCAUCAGGAAACACACAAUGGGAAGCGACCAUUGUCCCAUAGCACUGCUGCUGGCUGUGUGAACACAGCAUCACAAUACGAUGGGGAGCGACCAUUGUCCCAUAGCACUGCUGCUGGCUGUGUGAACACAGCAUCACGAUACGAUGGGGAGCGACCAUUGUCCCAUAGCACUGCUGCUGGCUGUGUGAACACAGCAUCACGAUACGAUGGGGAGCGACCAUUGUCUCAUAGCACUGCUGCUGGCUGUGUGAACACA